AUGUCCACCGAUCACGAGUUUCAGUCGCCGGAGAAACGGAAACUAGAUGAGCGAGAGGAAGAUUCUGCUGCCGAGGAGGGCUCGAAGAAGCAAAGGACUGAAAAUGGACAAGUUGAGGAGACUGUGGAGACGGAGGAGACAAACGGGAAUGGAGACUCAAGUCAGGUUCCUGAUCAGCAGGAGGAGGCUGCAGCAACCACGCAGCCUACUGCAACCACCUCACCUCCUACGGCUUCUGCUCCCACACCCGCAGCCAAACCACCAGCGGAACCAGAUAUGGACAACUUGCCCGCGGAUCCCAUGCCUGCCCACCAAUACAAGUACGCCCUAACUACAAUCAAGGGCAUCAAGAGAUUAAAAGACUCCACCCCUUUCCAUCUCCCAGUCGACACUGUCAAACUAAACAUCCCAUUAUACUACAACUUCAUAAAACGCCCCAUGGACUUGUCCACUAUAGAACGGAAGUUGCACGUGAAGGCCUACGAGAGUGCGGAGCAGUUCACCAGCGAUUUCAAUCUCAUCAUUGAAAACUGCCAAAAGUUCAACGGUGAGGCUGCGUCCAUCUCCAAAAUGGCGUUGAACAUCCAGGCCCAGUUUGAAAAGCUCAUGCUCAACAUGCCCCCGAGGGAAUUACCACAGGGAGUCACAGAAACAAAGGCAGUGUCUCCCGACAUCAACAAACGAAGGGCGGACUCUGUUGCCGCCGCACGGCCAAGAAGAGCGGUGCACCCACCGAAAUCAAAAGAACUACCUUACGACGUGAGGCCUCGCAAGAAAAAAUUUGCAGCGGAACUAAGAUUCUGCGCGCAAACCAUCAAGGAGUUGACGUCGAAAAAGCACUACAACUACAACUUUCCCUUCUUGGCGCCCGUGGAUGCCGUAAGCUUGAACAUCCCCAACUACCACCAAGUUGUCAAGGAGCCCAUGGACCUCGGUACCAUUCAGUCCAAGUUGACAAACAACCAGUACGACAGCGCAGAUGAUUUUGAAAGAGACGUGCGGUUGGUGUUUAAAAACUGCUAUGCGUUCAACCCCGAGGGAACCGAGGUCAACAUGAUGGGCCACCGCCUUGAGGCCGUGUUUGAUAAAAAAUGGGUCAACAAACCGGUGCCCGAGCCAACACCCCCCGCUUCAGAAGUGGAGGAAGAGGAGGUGUCGAGCGAGGAAGAGGAAGAGAUAACCGAGGCCAUGAUUGCCGACGUGCCCGCGAUCCAGUUUCUCGAGAACCAGUUGACGAGAAUGAAGAAGGAGUUGGACGAGAUGAAGAAAGACCACUUGAAAAAAUUGCGCGAGCAGCAAGCGGCUAAAAAGAAAAAGAAGAAAGCAGCACUGUCGACUGCCAAGCGCGGCUCAAAGGCGAAGCGAAAGGAGUCGUCGGUGCCGCCCGUUAGCCAGGUGAAACUCACGCCGCCGCAACCGGUUGUCACAUACGAAAUGAAAAAACAGGUUUCCGAGGUUGUGCCUACGUUGUCCGACAAAAAGCUCAAUGCGUUGAUCAAAAUCAUCCAGGACGACGUGCAAAUCAGCAACGAGGACGAAGUGGAGUUGGAUAUGGACCAAUUGGGUGACUCCACGGUGUUGAAGUUGUACGACUUUUUAUUCGGCGAAAAGGCGGCAGUCAAGAUCAAAAAGAAGGGCAACAAGUCGGGAACCAAUCUAGACGAGUUGGCGCAUUUGAGGUCGCAGUUGGCAUUGUUUGACGAGGGCAACGGGCAUGCGCAGACAGAAAGUAACGGUCUUAUGGGUAUCAAGCAUGAAGAAAGCUCCGACGACGAUGCCGUGUCGUCUGAAAGCUCGGAGGAGGAGUAG